AUGUCUGCACAAGACAGUACAGCAACGAGCAGCACCGACAAUCAAAGCCAGGAGACAGUGGCCUCUAGCACCAUGGUCGCACCCGCCGCUGUCAUUUCGGCGUCCGUUGGGCCCAUUCGCAACACCGCACGCAUCGUCACCGCUUCCGCCACAGCCUCGACAUCAGCUCGACCACUAUCCGGUAUUUUCGGAAUCAACAAACCCAGCGGUCCCACGUCCAUGUCUCUGCUUGACGAUCUCAAACCUCUGUUUGCCACCUCUCCGCUCUUUGCAGACGCCGACGGCAACAGGCCCCAGAACAAUCAACGGAAGCGUGGCAGGUUUGGCGGCAAAGGCAAAGGCAAGUGGGCUGGCGGUGCUGCUGGUGCACCCAAACUGGGUCAAGGUGGUACGCUCGACCCCCUCGCCGACGGGGUGCUGGUCAUUGGCGUUGGCAACGGCACCAAGCAACUUCAAAAGUAUCUCGAUUGCACUAAAGAAUAUCGCAGCACCGGUCUGCUCGGAUCUGCAACCACGUCGUACGACUCGUGCGAUCCCAUCUUGACGAGAAAGCCGUACGAUCACGUCACUCCUCAGAAGAUUGCGGAUCUAUUGCCCAAAUUUACCGGCACCGUCUCCCAGAUCCCACCGCUCUACUCGGCCGUGAGGAUCGACGGCAAGAGGUUGUUUGAGUAUGCCAGAGAGAAUCUGCCGCUGCCUCGACCCAUCGAGCCGCGUAAAGUCACCAUCCACGAGUUGCGCCUAGUGGAUUGGCUGGAACCGAGCAAGCAUACGUUCAAGGAGCCGGAUCGUGAGGUGCCACCUGAAGACAAGGCGCUAGUCGGAAGGGUGCUCGACAUGGCCGGUCGCAAAGAAGGUCAGACGGAUACCUUCAAGGAAGAACAGGAUGAUGGUAGUUCAAACAAGGAGCAGGAUGCAGAUGCAGCCGCCUCCACUCCGUCGUGGAAGAGGCUCCCGACGAGCAACGGCGCUGCUGCUGUUGCUAGCAGUGCGGAAUCCGAGACCGUAGCAGCAGAGGGUGGAGCGGAUGCAGGACCACCAGCCUUCGUACUGGAAAUGACCGUAUCCUCCGGCACGUACGUUCGCUCAAUCGUCCACGAUCUCGCCAUUGCCGCCGGAUCAGCCGCACACGUGCAGACACUGACUCGUACACGCCAGGGCGAAUGGUCCAUCGACACAUCAUCGAGUGCCGAGGGCCAAGACAAAGAGCAGACCGGCGUUCGUGGAAACUGCAUCGACUGGAAAGUAUUUGCCGAUGCCAUCGCCGACAUGCAGCGCGAGAAGACAGACGCCACCUUUAAGUCUCCUCGCGAUUCAGAAGGUUUGCGCGAAUGGGAGCGCCAAUUGCUCAAGGUCAUUGUUCCUGUCUAA